CAAGGUUAUAGCCAGAGUAGCUAGGAAUUUAAAAAAAUCUAAUUGAGAACUGAUCUGAGGGAUGUGUCCACAGUAUUCCGUGGAUACGGUCCUUUCUACUGUUAGGGCAAAUGGGAAAAUAACAGGAGAGAAUUAUGCAGGGUAACUCUAUAAUCUGUCAAUGUUUAGCAAACGCGUUCAUUUAUUCUUAGAACUUCCUUCCAACAGCUUUGUGAUGUAACUCAGUCAGUUGUGAUGCCGAAGCAGUACACAAUUGUGAUUCUUUCUUUGGCCAAUUUUGCUCAUCAGUGUGUAACGUUGUGAACCACAUGACUGAACAGGAUGCGUCUGCCAGAUGUCACUGUUCCAGUGACUUGUGUAGCAUCAGCUGAUCCAAGAAGUUUUUUUUGUCCAUUUGAUCUCCUCUUCGUGAUAAACGUCUUCAUACCAUGCCUAUAUCUUUGAAUGUGUAGUGACGCUAAAUCGGUGAUGAGGAUAACUCGCCUUGUGUUGUCCAUUGUUCUCUUGGUUUCCUGUGAGUGGUGUACUUUAGGUUUUCAUAAUUCGAGACACCUCCGGAUUCUACGGCAGAAGUCACGUUUUAAGGGGAGUGAGCAAUGGUUUGUCCAGAGACUGGAUCAUUUCAACGCCGCUGAUGGGAGAGUGUGGAAACAGAGAUUUUAUAUCAAUGAUACAUUUUAUCAGCCUGGAGGUCCUGUCUUCUUGAUGAUUGGUGGAGAAGGAACUGCAAACCCAGCGUGGAUGGACUAUGGUACCUGGUUGACAUUUGCAGAAAAGUUGGGUGCCCUCUGUAUACUCAUAGAGCAUCGAUUUUAUGGAAAAAGUCAGCCAACAAUGGAUUUGAGCGUUUCAAAUCUUCAAUACCUCCGUAGUGAUCAGGCACUUGCAGAUCUUGCACACUUUCGAACUAAGAUGGAUGUGAAAUUGAACCUUACACAAAAUAAAUGGAUUGCUUUUGGAGGUUCUUAUCCUGGAUCUCUGGCAGCAUGGUUUAGACUGAAGUACCCACAUCUGGUCUAUGCUGCUGUUGCAUCUAGUGCACCAGUCCAAGCUGUUGUCGACUUUCCAGAGUAUUUAGAGGUUGUUAAUUAUUCUUUGGAAAAUUUCAAUACUCCAUGUCCUCUGCUGGUGAAGGAUGCCUCUGACACUCUAAUAGAGUUACUGGCAAAUGCUAGCACAUAUAAACAGAUAACACGAGAUUUCCACUUAUGCGACAAACUUAAAAUAAGAUCUGAAAUGGAUUCUGGUUAUUUUUUGGAGACAUUGGCUGGAAAUUUCAUGGAUGUGGUCCAAUAUAAUAAGGACAACAGAGCUUUUGAGGACCCAAAGGGUGUUAACAUUACCGUUGACGUGCUCUGUACUAUAAUGGAGAAUUCAUCACUGGGAAUACCUUAUGAGCGAUAUGCGAAGGUUUCACAUCUCCUUCUGAAGACAUAUGAAGAGAAAUGUUUAGAUGCAAGUUACAGCAAGUUUGUAUCUGAUAUGUUGAACACCUCCUGGGCUGCACCAGCAGCAGAUGGAAGCAGGCAGUGGGCCUAUCAGUCCUGUACAGAAUUUGGCUAUUAUCAGUCAACUGAAUCACCACUGCAGCCUUUUUCUGGCUUUCCUCUCAGGUACAAACUUCAGCAAUGUGUAGAUUUAUUUGGCCCAGCAUUUAAUAACUCUGUGGUUGCUGAUGCUGUGGAGCACACCAAUGAAAACUAUGGAGGCACAAACAUCAAAGGCAGUCGGAUAGUUUUCCCCAAUGGAUCAAUGGAUCCCUGGCACAUACUGGGAAUUACCAAACAGCAAAAAGCUAUUUACAUUCAAGGUACAGCCCAUUGUGCAGAUAUGUAUCCAGAAAAACAAACUGAUAUACCGCAACUCACUAAAGCAAGAGAAGAAAUUUUUCAACGACUCAGUAACUGGAUUAAAGGAUGAAGUCUUUCAUCUAUGUGUGAAUGAAACUUUAUAAAAGGAAUCAGAACUUCAGGAAUUAGCUCUAUUUUUUCUUGCAACAACUUGAUAGUAUAAAUGUCAAGAACAAAUCCUAGUUACAUUUUUCCCUCCAAAAUUUGUUAAUGCAAUGCCUUUCUGUAUAAACUGUAUUAUUACUGGUAAUGAUAUUAAAAUGCUUUUCACAAUAUAUCUUCUAACCAUAUUGAUUUAUGGUUUAGUCAGAAGAAUAAGUGUUAACCUAUACUUGCAGAAUUCUACAAGUAAAGAAACUCAACAUUUCAAACUGUAAGCGUGUG